AUGCAAAGCGCGUGUGACGAGGCUUUCAAGCUGCCCUCGAUCAAAAACCUGCUCGACUCGAUCGACGCCGACGAGCGGCCGCUUGCCAUGACACCCGGCAUACCCACUGCUGGGGUGCCAGUGCCACCACCCCCUCCCACGCCGUGGAGACAGACCCACCAACCAGUCGCACACACCGGCUUCAAACAGCAUCAUACAUCCUGGGGCUACGAGCCCGAGCCAUCCCAUUUCGAACCCAGACGCUCCCAGUAUCUCUAUCCCGUCACUGUGGCCCCACAAGACGCGGUUUUGAGCGCCAAACGGCCCGCACAUCUAGCAGAAACGCACCCUUCUCCCACAUCGCUCACGUCCACGCUUUCGUCGGCCUCGUCGUCAGCUUCCUCGUGUUCAUCAUCAUCAUCAUCAUCAUCGUCGUCGUCGUCGUCGUCAUCGUCUUCGUCGGUGCCAUCGCUAGCCUCGAACCAUUCGUCUCCCAUAAACUGCUCGUCCUCAGCGUCGCGCCGCACCAAUUUGCCUAAGGAAACGGUGGAAAUACUUAAUCAGUGGCUUCUGUCCCAUCUCAACUAUCCAUACCCAUCUCCUCAGGAAAAGCGCGAGCUGCUCAUAAGGACAGGUCUCAACAAAGUUCAAUUGAGCAAUUGGUUCAUAAACGUGCGACGCAGAAAAGUUUUCAGUGAUUACUAUCUCAUGUCUCGAUCUUCGUCUUCGUCUGCUCAAGCGGACGACAACAGCGAUGCGGAGCUCGACAAACGGUUUCACACCGUUCCUUUGACCAGGCGUAAAAAACUGAUCGAUAGAUUAGAGGAGUUGAAGAGAGCGUCACAGGGUUAA